AUGCCCGCAAUGCUGGAAGACCCGACGGCGCCCGUCAUCAAGCGGCGACUCAUCGCUCAAGACAGGACGCACAUCUUUCCGUCCGAUUUCCCGCUUCCAGAGGGCAUCGUACCGAAACAAGUGACGCUGCGUGAUCGCGUGAGCAUCGCGACAAUCAUACCCUAUUCAUCCCCAAAGCAGGUUCCUCCGCCUCUGCUGGCGUACCUGGCCGACCAAUUCGCGAGCGAGAUUGAGAAGGGCGACACCUAUCCUAUGCUGGAGCCGCUGCCGGUGGACAAGUUUGGGGAAUACUGGUUUGGCCUGUUCGGGGCUAUCAUGUUACUGGGAGAUAUACAUGAUGCGGACGAAGUGCGGAGUAUGGCGCAGCAUGGCGUGGAUUGGGACAAGGCUUGUUUGGGUAGCUUCUAUAUCAAGCCGAAUUAUCCUGGACGGUCGAGCCAUGUGUGCAAUGGUGGGUUUCUUGUUACGGACAGAGCGAGGAAUAGGGGCGUGGGACGGUUGAUGGGGGAGACGUACUUGGAGUGGGCGCCGAAGCUGGGCUACAUAUAUUCGGUCUUCAACCUCGUCUACGAGACCAACGUAGCCUCUUGCCGAAUCUGGGACGCCUUGGGCUUCAAGCGUAUCGGUCGUGUCAAAGGCGCCGGAAACCUGCGCUCCCAUCCUGGCGAGCUUGUCGAUGCUAUUAUUUACGGGAGGGAACUUGGCCAAGAGGAAGACUUUGUUUCCGAGGAGCGCUUCGACAAGAUCAGAUUCUACCUCAAGACAGGCAAAUAUCCUAACGGCGCAGAUCGGGCAGAGAAAUCCCGGCUCCGAAGCGCCUCGGUGCAUUAUAAGCUCAUACCCGCCCAAGGCAAUGAGCCGGAAAAGUUGAUGUUGAAGGGGAAAGAGGUAAUUUCCGAUACGCAGGGACAGUACGAUAUUGCCAGACAAAUACAUCAAGAUGGGCACGGUGGUAUCAAUAAGACGACCGCUACUAUCAACGAGCGGUACCACUGGGUGCGCAUCAAAGAGACGGUCAGCCAGGUUAUUCGCAAUUGCCCCGAGUGCAGUGAGAUGAAUAAGCACCUCGCCAGCAGUCGUGUGCAUUACAAUUCUUCAAAAUUCCGACAGGAACAGGGACAGCAGCAGAACCAGCCACAACAACAACAACAACCUGCUAAGCAACCAAGCCCGCCUGAGAAGCCACAACCCCCUCAACAUCAGCCUCCCUCUCAGACCCCGCAAACCCAGGCUCCGGCAACUACACCACAAAGACCGCUCCGACCCAGACCCGAAUCCCCUAGCACCCAACUCCAAAUUGAAACCGCGCAAGCGGAACAACAGCAACAGCAGGCCUAUCCUGCAAUACCACUGGUAAUAUAUAUUUGGCCUCAUGGGAAGACUAGUUGGAAACAAAUGUCUCCGGACGCCGUUCUUGAAAUCACUUCUGCAAACAAUUACCUGGCUGCAUCCCUAAAGAUUCCAAUUCGAGGUCACGAAUAUGCGUGA